GGGAGGGUUGGGGGAGAGGAAAGGCAGGAGGGAAUAGGAGAGGGAGGUGGAGUAUAGGCGAGCCUGAAAAGAAUUGAAACCACCCAGAAGUCUGUCACUCAGCCCUUCCUGGAGUUUCGGGGCAAUGAAAACUUGCCUUUUCCUCUCUUUGUGCAGAGAGACUCCCUGCGGAUAGACUUACUCCCGGUCGCAGCUGAUGUUAAACAGAGCCCGCUCCUAUUCUCCCCAGAACACACUGAAAGUUUUUGGAGACAGACGGGGUGCCUGAACAGGUUUAAUGUCUGCACCAGGUUACCCGGUCGGGCUGACCCCUUACCCCCCUCCCCAGACCCCCCCAUACCCCAUGCCUCAGUAUGGCUACGGCCCUGCCCCUGGACCCCCAGGGCCUGGCUUCCUGGGGCACGACGCCCCUUCCCCCGGCUUCCUGGCCCACCCGCAGCCCAAUGUGCCCCCUCACCCUGUCAGCCCGCCGGCCCCCUAUGGCCCCCCGGGGAUGCACGCCCCGCCUGCGGGAUCCCAUCGCAGGAACCCUGAGGACGACCCUGGCAUUGUCCACAGCCCUUUGAUCGCAGGGUCCGGGGUUAACCGCGAGCUGGAAUACCUGGCACAGAUCGAUCAGGUCCUCAUCCAUCAGAAAGUCGAGGUUGUAGAAGCUCUAUUCAGCUUUGAGACCAAGAAUAAGUAUGUGGUGAAGAACAGCAUGGGCCAGAAGAUCUACAGCGCCAAGGAGAAGAGUGAUUGCUGCACUCGAAAUUGCUGUGGGUCACUCCGCUUCUUCCAGAUGAAGUUGUUGGACCAUGAGGGCCGUGAGGUCAUCCAUCUAGUCAGACCUUUCCGUUGUGCGAGCUGCUGGUUUCCCUGCUGUCUCCAGGAGCUGGAGGUCCAAUCACCGCCAGGGACGACCAUCGGCUACGUCACCCAAACAUGGCACCCGUUCCUGCCCAAGUUCUCCAUCCAGAACGUUGAGAGGGAGACGGCGCUGAGGAUCGUGGGGCCCUGCUUUGUCUGUAACUGCUGCGGGGACAUCAACUUCGAGGUAGGCCCCUUACUGGAGGGAGGGACGGGGGGGAGGGACGGAGGGUGUGGGGUGAUGGUAGGGUGGCGCGAGGGCAGUGCGAAGCCCAACUUGUUUUGGUUUUUCCCUCUCAGGAAGCAACGCAAACGAGACCCCGACUACUCCGAGAAGUUGCCUCCAAAUAUCGCUAUUUCGGGAAUCAAAGUCUACAUUGAUCCUUUCACCUACGAGGACCCCAACGAGGCAGUCCGAGAGUUUGCCAAGGAGAUCGAUAUAUCGUACGUGAAGAUUGAGGAGGUUAUAGGAGCCGGUGAAUUCGGUGAGGUGUGCCGGGGACGGCUGAAGGUCCCGGGGAAGCGGGAGAUGUACGUCGCCAUUAAGACCCUGAAGGGGGGCUACACGGACAGGCAGAGACGCGACUUCCUGAGUGAGGCCAGCAUCAUGGGCCAGUUCGACCACCCCAACAUCAUCCACCUGGAGGGAGUGGUCACCAACAGCUGCCCAGUCAUGAUCAUCACCGAGUUCAUGGAGAACGGGGCACUGGACUCCUUCCUGCGGCAGAAUGAUGGGCAGUUCACACCGAUCCAGCUGGUUGGAAUGCUGAGGGGCAUCGCCUCGGGAAUGAGGUACCUCUCGGACAUGAGCUAUGUCCAUCGGGACUUGGCAGCUCGGAAUAUCCUGGUCAACAGCAACCUGGUGUGCAAGGUCUCGGAUUUUGGGCUAUCCCGGUUCCUGGAGGAGAAUUCGUCGGAUCCUACCUACACCAGCACCUUGGGCGGGAAAAUCCCAAUCCGCUGGACAGCUCCAGAGGCCAUUGCUUUCCGCAAGUUCACCACAGCCAGUGACGUGUGGAGUUAUGGGAUUGUCAUGUGGGAGGUGAUGUCCUAUGGAGAAAGGCCAUACUGGGAUAUGUCCAACCAGGAUGUGAUCAACGCCAUCGAACAGGAUUACCGGUUACCGCCGCCACCAGACUGCCCCACCUCGCUGCACCAGCUGAUGUUGGACUGUUGGCAGAAGGAGCGCAACACCCGGCCGCGGUUCGGUCACAUCGUCGGCGCCCUGGACAAGAUGAUCCGCAACCCGGCCAGCCUGAAGAUCGUCACCCGGGAGCUCGGAGCCCUCUCGCAGCCCCUCCUGGACCGCGGGACGCCCCACUACACCACGUUUGCGACGGUCGGAGAGUGGCUCAGCGUGAUCAAGAUGGGGCGAUAUGAGGAGAACUUCGCCAAUGCUGGCUUCACGACCUUUGACCUGGUCACUCAGAUGUCCGCGGAGGACCUGUUACGAAUUGGAGUCACUCUCGCUGGCCACCAGAAGAAACUGCUAGCCAGCAUCCAGACCCUGAGGGCGCAGGUGAAGCCAUCGGCGACAGCCCGCAACUGACCCGAGCAGGGAGUCACGUGGAAUCAGAUAACCGCCAGGGAGAAGGAGGAGGCACAGAGAGAGAGAGUGGGGACGGGGGGCAAGGACGCAAGGUUCGAAGCUGUGCCCCUCUCCUGAGCCCCACGCAUCUCUCGGCCUCCUCUAAUAUCUCGGACCUUUGGGGAAAACUUUCGGGAGUUUGUCCCCGGACUCGUUUUGCACUUUUUAAAAUUUUUGUAAAUGUCGUCAUCGUGAGGAUUCCCGGGCCUCAACAGAAACGCUGAGCGCCCCCCCCCCAACACCCACCCCGGGCGCUGUUCCGUGGGGGUUAACCCUCCAGCGGGCACUCUCCCCCUCUCCCCCUGUCGGAGUGUGUGGGGGGGACGGGUGGGGGCACGGGGGUGAGGAGAGAAGGGCAUGUGCCAGAGGGGGCAGGGUCCGUUUCCCCCCCACAAACGUCAGAGGAGCAGCGCGGACGCAGCGCGCACGUCGGUGACACGGUGAAGAGGCGACUCAGUCGGAUCCCAGUCUUCACAUUGAAGGUGCUCUGGGACCGGGAGACGCGGCCAAUUGUCCCGCGCUUUCGAAGCACUGCAUGCUGGGUAGACCCCCACCCCCUCCCCCAAAACCCCGAACCGAACUCCUGACGCCUCACGGCUCUCUUUUGAAGAGCCUUUUCCCCUGUGUUCGCGCGACGUGUUGACUGCCAGUCCCUGCGACCGAGCGGAGUGUCCCCUGAAGCCCCUUUCGGCGAGGCCUGAGGCCUACUGGGCCCUGACCGUCUUCCCUCCCAACUCUUCACUUCCUCCCAACAAUUCGAAUGGGGCUAUGCCUCCCCUCCGGCCCUGCAUUUGUAUAACGCCCACCCUCCUCCGAUGUGGUUGACGCUUUAACUGCCCUCUGGGAGGGCCGGCCUAGCCAGCGACGCCGCCCUCCCACGAACGAACGCUGAAAUAAAACAACCUUGUUCGUCACAGACCUCCCAGGAAGAGAGCGCGGUUUUAAAGAAACCGGCAAAACGACGCGUAGAUUUCAAGAUGGAUGGCGACAUUGACUUCUUUCGUCUUUUCUGAUGGGUUGCCACGGAGAUGGGCCGGCAGCCAUUUUGACAUGAGAUCGCACUGGUCUGAGGCCAGGCAGUGACCAUGGAGGGCGGGGUGGCUCUGGGGGUGGGCGAGGGCGAGGGCUAGGUGGGGUAGCGGCAAAAUGGGUGAGGAGGAAGGGGGGCCGGUUAUCGGUGAGGAAAUGGCCACUUGGCGAUCGCGGUUUGGGACCCGUACGGUGGCCCUUGGGGGUUGGGGGUGAUCGAUGCAAUAAAAUGGUACAAGAAAAGCCCCACCCCCUCCCACCUCGCACAACUCCACCACCCUUUCACAUGUCCCCACCCUCAACAGCCCGGGGGAGGGGGUGGGGGAAGGGGUUGGUGGUACAUUACACUGAGUGUGCACACUGAGUGUGCCCACUGUGAGGUAAGUUGACAAUAUGGCGCUCUGUUUUGGGAUUUUUCUGCCUCCAGCGUCGGCUGUUUGGGAUUGGGAUUGGCGCGAGAGUUGGGACCUCCCGUACCCCCUGCUCCACCCUGCCUCGCUUCAGCAAUUUCCAGCCAGGCCCCGAUGGCACCCGAAUCCUGUGAUGUCGAAACACUUUUUUUUUCCUUUUUUUUUAAUAAAAGGUAUUUAAAUCAC